AUGACAGUAGUAGAGCUAGAACUUAUACACUUCAACGAUGUGUAUCACGUAUCGCCAAGCAAGGAUGAGCCUGUUGGUGGCUCCUCCCGUUUUGUAAGCAAGAUAAACCAAAUUUUGACAGAAUCCACCGCUCAAGACAAGCCCAUGGUUUUGUUCUCGGGGGAUGCUUUCAAUCCGAGUCUAGAGGGAACCAUCACUCGUGGUGCUCAUGUUCCAGAUGUCUUGAAUCAGUGCCACAUCACUGCUGCAUGUGUAGGCAAUCAUGACUUUGACUUCGGUAUGCCCCAGCUGGAGAAAUUGAUAGGACGCACUGAAUUUCCAUGGUUACUGUCCAACGUGCUCAAUAGCGACAAGAGUGCUUCGUCUGACAAGAUUAAGCGAUUCGUUAUUACCGAUCACAGCGAACUACGCAUCGGCAUCAUCGGACUAGUAGAAAAGGAGUGGAUACAAACCAUCCCAUCAUUUCCACCGGAACUGACGUACUAUGACUUUGUGCAAGUAGCGCAAGAUCUCUCCCGACAACUAAGAGACCCAAAUGGGCCUUACAAGGUGGACUUGGUCAUUGCGCUGACACACAUGCGGGUUCCUAAUGAUAUCAAGCUAGCAAAAGCCUGCCGACAUGACAUUGAUUUGAUUCUGGGAGGACAUGAUCACUUUUAUUACAUUUCGAAAUCCAUUGAUAUUGUUGGUGACAACUGGAGUCGAGACAAAAACUUGAGCGAUGUUGGCUUUGACCCUGAGGAAGAGCAAGUGGACUAUCCCAUCCGUGUCGUCAAGAGCGGCACUGAUUUUAGAGAGCUGUCGUGGUUGAAACUGAACAUUGAGACCAACGCAGAGGGGAGAAAGUACAUUCAGCACAUGACAGCACAGCGGGAGAUCAUCACAUCGGAUAUCAUGCCAGAUGCAGAGACAGAGCGCUUAGUGAAGCAAGUAACAAAGCAAGUGGCCUCCAAGACAUCUACGCCCAUUGGCUACACCACUGUGCCUUUGGAUGGUCGUAGCAUGUCUGUCAGAUCAGAGGAAACCAACCUUGGAAAUCUGACAGCUGAUCUCAUGGUGGGCUUCUAUCGAGCCUCUUCUUGUCCUCCUGUGGAUGUCGGUUUCUGCGUUGGUGGAACAAUUCGAAACGACAGUGUCAUUGAAGUAGGUGAAAUUACGCUGGGAGACAUCCUUACAGCCUUUCCAUUCCUGGAUCCUGUUGUUGUUAUCCGCAUCACUGGCAAACAGCUAUGGGAUGCGCUUGAGAACAGUGUGUCUGAAUAUCCCAAGCAAGAGGGUCGAUUUCCUCAAUUGUCUGGCGUUCGCCUCGAAUGGAAUCCUGAUGCGCCAUCUGGAAACAGAGUGCGCCAAGUGUAUACAGUCAGAAAAGGAGCUCAAGUUGCACCCAACAAUGGGCGUCGUCGCUCACUGACAUUUCCUCAUAUGGUGGAUCCCGGGGACAAGUAUCAUCCAUGCAACAUGGAGCCGCUCGACAUGAACAAGGAAUACGUGGUGGCUACGCGUGCCUACUUGAUUGGCGGCUACGACGGAUACACAUCGCUCAAGGUGCCUAGCGACAGAAUCAUCGUUGACGAGGAGUCUGGUGUGCUGAUCUCCACCAUGUUUAGAAAGUUCUUUUUGGGUCUCAAGUACAUCAAUGCCUUUCGAGAAUACCAAGCCAAACAUGCGCAUCGCAAGGACCGCAUCCAAGGCCUUGUAGCGUCAGCAGCUGCACAUUGGCGUGAUUUAGCUUUCCAAUUCAAGCGACACAACCAUCCAAAUGAUGGCCGAAGCUGCGACUGUGAAACCAGUAGUCAAGAUGGCCAGUCUUUUCUGAAUAGCGAUAUAAAAGAACGUGCCAAUUACCACAUUUCCAAGCAAGGUAUUCAAGAUGCAUUUGUGGACUCCAGCAAGGGCCAUCCCAGUUGUAUCCCUGCUGAGGAGGACGAGGACCAAAACGCAUAUAACAAGGACAGUGACCUCACGUGGGUCAAGCGAUGGGCUAGUAUCUCUCCCACAGUGGAGGGCAGAAUCGUACGAGUGAGCGAUUAG